AUGGAAUCGUCAUCAGCAUCAUCAGUAGCACAAUAUACAGAUAGCUUCAAUUCACUAAGCUCCAGCAUAGGCAAAGAAGUAUCAGAGGUAAUCUCAUCAAGGACUGGCGAGGCUGCAUAUACAUCAGACAGUUUCAACUCACUGACAACAGAAUCCGUCCACACACUGACUUACAGGCGUAGUCAUGAAUCUAGUGGCGGAGAUACUUCCAAGUCCAAGUCUGACACCCGGUUUGACAUUUUUCAAAGAAACAUGAAGCUCAGUUAUAAUGAAGACACAUUCGAGUCGGCAAAUGAUGAAUAUUCUUCUGAAGAUGAAAAUUCUGUGCAAUAUGUAAAACAAGAUGAACAUGUCCAGUCGACGUUACCAAUCACAGAGAGGAGGCUGGAUGAAAUGAAAAUAGAGAAUAUCCGACAUAGAAUGAAAAAGAAAGUUGAUGAGGUGGUUGAGCAUGACAUCAAAACUUGCCCAGUUUGUGUGAAAGCUAAAGAGAAAAUCACAGAGAAGCAGUUUGUGUGCAGGAGAAAAACAUUGCUCCAAAACAAACUAAUAGAAGAUAAGAUCCAGAGACAUCUGGUGUGCAAGAAUUCCUUAGACUUAAUUGGAGAAUUAGCUGCGAGUCUACCAAAGCCAAGUGAUGACCCACAAGAGAUUUGGAGCCGUUUGUUGAAUAGCUGAAUUUUUGCCUUGAUAUUUUACCUACAUUAUUACUUCAUACAUGUGAGAUGGACUGGCACAGCAGUUGCAGAUAAGAGUUUGAGGUUCAUGCUGCUCAGUCACUUGGGAAACUCGUAGUGGGGGUUUCAAGUGGGGGCUGAGCCAGCCGGGCACCCUCACCGCUUUAAAUUUGUCAAAAUUAUUUAAAAAAUGGAGGAAAAAAAUUAUAUUAAAAUUUAUGUCUGGGAGUGACAUACUCAUUUUUUCUUUCCUCAGCCCCAACCAUUAUGGGGUUAAGGUGGUUAUUGACCCUCUAUCGGCAAAAGCACCUUCCAGGGCCCCCCUCUAGUUCGAAUUGCUGGAUCUGCCACUGAAUCACUAUACAUUUUGUCAGUUUACACAAAUGUAUCAAUAGUAUAAACCUCCAGUGGCUUGAGUCCCAUGUAUCUUACAUCAUUUUCUGGAUUAGUCUGACUUAAAUAAAUUAAAAUAUUGACAAAUCACUAUGUAUUUCGUCAGUCUACUUAACAGUCUGGCUACAUUUGCUACAGAAACUUUCAAGCCUUCUAUAAUCCUGAAUAAAUAAUGGUUUUAAACAUUCUGCAAGCAUGUCGAAAGCCAAUACAUAUAAUUCGGUUUUUUUUUUUUUUUUUUAUUGUAAAUUGAUAUUAAUUAAAUACCGAUACCAAAUUAUAGGCUUUAGCAUGGGUCGAUAUUAAAUGUUCACGGUACAUGAAAGUAUUGUGGUUUUGUAAUCAAAAAAUGAUGUGAUUUUAGCAAGAAUUUGUUUAUAAUAUUUUUCAGUGAAGCAAAAAUUAACAAUGAAAAUGAGUUUACUCUAUUAUUCUGUUAAAAUGUAUUGUCUUUUUUUUCAUAACAUUUCACCUAUCGAUGAUCGGGCCCAAUAUUUGGGGAAAACCUACAGUAGUGUGCCACCCACACCCCUUCCCCGGUGGGAGAAAAAUGUAAUUUGUCUGGGUUUUUUUUUUUUUUUUUUUUUAUUAAAUGGUAAUAAAAGUUUGUGUUAAUUACGGGAUUCUUUAUUUAAAAAGGAUGUCGGGGAAGAGCUGACACACCACUGCAACCCAUACGAUCACAAUAGUAUACAACACUUUGUACAUAAUUGUAAUUGUACUUUCGGCGGUUGAGAUUAUCCCCCGCUAGCGUUACCCCUGGUUUAAAUUGGGUUUCCAGAUUUCCUUAUGUAAGCUUCUUUUUUUUUAAUUCAAAAAGUGCCUCUUUGAAUUUUCCAAGUUCCCAUAAGCACCCUUCAACAUCUAUUUCCAUAAGUGCCACCUCAAUUUCCACUAUUUUCAUAAGUGCCCCUCAAACAGGUCAAAAAAUCAGGUGAUGUAUUGAUGAGUUUGGAAGCUUUUAAAGUUUUCAGUAUCGGU